CACACGUAUCAAAUCACGAAGAAUCAACGCUAUCGCCAAAUUUAUCCUCAACUUCUACUAUCUCAAAUAAUGACAAACCUUCAUCAAGCAUAUACUCAGAAGAAGGCACAACGAUUUCGUCGACGGAUCAAUCUCCAAAUUCGAAGAUAAAUUCAAAAAUGAUUUCGGGUGUUAAUAGCGGUGGUGACAUUGAAAAAGCGUCGAUCGGUGAUGUAGAUACUCCACCGGCGUAUUUGAAAGGAUUAGAACUAUCUUUGGUUAUGAUUGGAUUGGGAUUGGGAGUGUUUUUAUCUGCUCUUGAUCAAACAAUCGUCGCAACUGCUUUACCACAAAUCGCUUCAGAUUUCAAUGCAUUGAAUCAAAUCGCUUGGGCGUGUUCGAAUUAG